CUUUUUAGCCACUCCCAUGAUGACUUCGGCUGCGUUUGUAUUUAUAAAAUUUUUUCCACUCUGUAUUCCCAUGACUGGGUGAUCAGUCCUCAGCGGCACAGGAGGCUUUCUGGGCUCAUUCCAGUCGAACUUUUUUUCUGAUUUACAAGUUUUGCAAACAUUGGGUUGCUUCAGAAUCAACAAACUCUUCAUGGAGAUUGGUUCCUGUAUGUCUUACUUAGAAGUCAUUGGAGUUAAGCACAGCAUAUAUGAGCUGAAAAGUCAAACAAGGAAAUGAAUCACAUCUUUUGACAGUUCUAAGUUUACUUGGCUAAAGCCAGUUCUUAAAUUGGCUUGGCAGAAAAGUGAAAAAGAAGAUGCUCCACUUUAACCGAUGUCGGCAUCUGAAACAGAUCACACAGAAAUGUUUUUCUGAUACACGUGUUAAAACGGGUAAACAUGCACUAUUUCUUUCAAGAAGCUCUGUACUUACAGAAUUCAGGAAGUCAUGGCAUUCAACCCACUCUCUUGAUGGAGACGAAAACAUUGUCCUAAUGGGAGCUCCUGGUGCUGGGAAAACAACAGUGGGCCGAAUAUUAGGUCAGAAACUAGGUCGUUGUGUCAUAGAUGUGGACAAUGAUAUCCUUGAAAAAGCCUGGAAUAUGAGUGUAUCUGACAAAUUACAGGAUGUUGGUGAUGAGCAAUUUUUAGAAGAGGAAGGAAAAGCUGUGUUAAAUGUCUUUGCCUUUGGAAGUGUCAUUUCCCUUACCGAAUCUAAUCCCAUGCAUGAGGCUAGCAUGUGGCAUCUGAAGAAAAAUGGAAUAAUUGUAUAUCUGGAUGUACCUGUAGUAGAUAUAAUUAGUCGUCUAAAAUUAAUGCAGGUAGAUAGGAUUGUAGGUUAUAAUUAUGAAACACCUAUAACAGACUUACUUAAACUUAGAAGGCAGUAUUAUAAAAAGUGGUAUGAUACUCGAGUUUUUUGUGAAAGUGGGGCUUCCCCAGAGGAGGUAACUGACAAAGUGCUUAGUGCAGUUAAAAGAUACCAAGAUGUUGACUCAGAAACAUUCAUUUCCACAAGGUACUUCUCUUCUAAAGACCGUGAACAGAAAGUUUCAACAAAAUUCUUCAGUGAAGCUGUGAUUGAGGGCUUAGCUUCUGAUGGUGGACUCUUUGUUCCUGAGAAAGAGUUUCCAAAAUUAAGCUCUAAGGAGUGGAAAAGCCUUGUAGGAGCAACCUACACAGAAAGGGCACAGAUAGUGUUGGAAAGGUGUAUACAUCCUGCGGACAUACCUGCGGCCAGAUUGGGAGAAAUGAUUGAAAUUGCUUAUGGGGAAAACUUCACCUGUUCAAAAAUUGCCCCUGUCAGACAUCUUUCAGGCAACCAAUUCAUCCUGGAGUUGUUUCAUGGGCCAACAGGAUCAUUUAAAGAUUUGUCUUUACAGCUUAUGCCUCAUAUUUUUGCACACUGUAUUCCCCCAAGUUGCAAUUAUAUGAUACUUGCAGCUACUUCAGGAGACACAGGGAGUGCAGUCUUAAAUGGUUUCAGUCGCCUUAAUAAGAAUGAGAAGCAGAGAAUAGCUGUGGUCACAUUUUUCCCUGAGAAUGGAGUAAGCGAUUUUCAAAAAGCACAAAUUGUUGGUAGUCAGAAAGAAAAUGGAUGGGCAGUGGGUGUCUCAUCAGAUUUUGAUUUUUGUCAGACAGCUAUAAAAAGAAUUUUUAAUGAUUCUGAUUUUACUGGCUUUCUGACUGUGGAAUAUGGAACAAUCUUAAGUUCAGCUAAUUCCAUAAACUGGGGCCGACUGCUUCCUCAGGUAGUGUAUCAUGCUUCUGCAUAUCUUGAUCUUGUUAACCAAGGAUUUAUUUCCUUUGGAAGCCCAGUAGAUGUCUGUAUUCCCACAGGAAACUUUGGUAACAUACUAGCAGCAGUGUAUGCCAAAAUGAUGGGAAUCCCUAUUCGAAAAUUUAUUUGUGCCUCUAAUCAGAACCAUGUUUUGACUGAUUUUAUAAAAACAGGGCAUUAUGACCUACGGGAAAGGAAAUUAGUGCAGUCCUUUUCUCCAUCAAUAGAUAUUCUCAAGUCUUCCAACUUGGAGCGACAUUUACAUUUGGUGGCUAAUAAAGAUGGGCAAUUAAUGACAAAACUAUUUAGUCAGUUAGAAAAUCAACAUCACUUUCAAAUAGAAAAGAUUCUGGUUGAGAAACUUCAGCAGGAUUUUGUAGCUGACUGGUGCUCUGAGGGAGAAUGCCUGGCAACUAUUAACUCCACCUACAAUACUUCAGGGUACAUUUUGGAUCCACACACUGCUGUUGCAAAAUCGGUUGCAGACAGAAUGCAGGAUAAAACUUGCCCGGUGAUUGUCUCAUCUACAGCUCAUUAUUCCAAGUUUGCACCUGUUAUAAUGCAGGCUUUAAAGAUUAAAGAAAUCAACCAGAUUUCAUCAAGUCAACUUUAUUUACUGGGAUCAUAUAAUGCAUUACCUCCACCACAUGAGGCUUUACUGGAAAGAACAAAACAACAAGAAAAGAUGGACUAUCAGGUUUGUGUAGCUGAUAUGAAUGUCCUCAAGAGACAGGUGGAAAAAAUAGUCCAAAAGCAAUUUUUAGGAAAGGUUUCAUAGUAGAAUAUUAUGGUAAUAAGCAUGCAGUAAUAAAUCUGAGAAGUUGAUUUGUAGUACAAGUGUUUUUUAACAUCAUAUAUGUAUAUCUGUUAAUGGCCUAGUCUCUGAGACUGAUCAUAUAUCUACAUUGUACCUUUCUAGGUCCUUAAUCUAGAAAUGACAAACACUGGCAUAGUUUAUGAGACCUUUGCUGUCAUGCUUUGUGCUUAUAAGAAUUUUACCAGUUUUUACUCUCUAACCCCAAUUUGUAAGAGCACAAAAAUAUCUGGUAUUCAAUUUGGUAAUUAAAAAUGUUUAAGCACAGUUGUUAAGUACUAUAGCAGAAACCACUUACUAUUUCUCUAUUGACUAGAAAAUGAAUUUACUUCUCAAAACAACUAAUUUGUAGUAGUAAACUCAUUAGUUAACAUUAGAGCUAGUGUUUUUAACUCUUCAUACUCCAUUUUGAAUUACAGUUAUGUGUUUCCCACAUUGUCCAAAUUAGGUAAGUGUCCUGUCUUUCAUUUUUGGAUGCAUAAAUUAGGAUGACAAAGUUUAAAAAUCAAGACAAUUAAAUACAGGAUAUAAUAGUCAUGUAGAACUGCUUAGUAGUAGAUUCAGAAAUAAAACCACCUAUUUCAAGAGGAAAGCUUUCCAAAAUUAAGAGUGUCUUAAUAAAGCAUAUAUGUACAGUAGUUGCAGACAGCGCCUCCUGUAUUUGAAAUCCAUUCCUAUAUAACUUGUCUAAUACCUGUCUCUUCAGUGAACAUUUGGGAACUUAAGUUCAUGCAAAGCAAUGUAUGAUGUAUUACUUAUUAAAUUAAUAAUGAUUUUAAGUGUAAUUUAUAUUUGUGAAUUUACUAGAUGUUGUAUUUCUGAAUUGAAGAUUGUCACUGGAAGGACCCAUUAGUGUAAUAGGCUACUCUCAACCACAAGAUGGCAUUCCUGACAUAAUUUGUCAUUGCUGAUAGCAAUCUGCUUCAUUUUCUAGGAGAACCAUAUGAAGGAAUAAUGCAAUGAUGAAAAUAAUUUAAUAGUUUUAAUAAGGAACAGGUUUUUUUUAAAAGAAAAUUUAAACCAUUCAUAUGUUAAUAUUAAAUUUCUGGCUUAGCUUUUAAUAUUAGUUCUAAAGUAGUAAAUUGGAAAAAUAGAAGCAGUUAUAAGAAAAUAAUAUUAAAAAAAUAAAAGUUCUAGACAUAUUGAUGUACUUUAUCAUUUAAGGCUAUUUCAGUGGAUGAUACAUCUAGAAAAUGAAUCUAAAUGGGAGAGGCUGUGUUUUUAAAAAGAUUAUUUUUGCCCUCAGGAACUAUAGUUAAUGAGAACACAAAAUCAUAUGUACAACACAAAACAGUUAUUGCAAGAUAGGAUGUGAGUGAAAAGUGAUACAGGUUAGUGCUGUGAAACUUAAAAGGAUUGCUAUGGAAUGACCUGAACGUAUUCCACAAAGGACAUUGAUCUUUAGGUGAGGCUUGAAGAGGGGAAAUUUUUAAGGGUAAAGGAAGGAGGAAAACAUUUUAGGGAGAUGCCCUGGUAGUAGGGGAGGUAAAAUGUUGGAGUCCACCUGCAUUUGUGAUCAGUUCAUUCUCUUCAUUGUCCAAAUGGUCAUCCUAUGUCUUGUUUUCUCAGAGCCAACUUGGUUUUUCCCUCUCAGCAAAUAACCUUGCUCCAUUGGAGAGGGAUGAGUUACCAUAUUGCUCACUUCCACAACUGUGUAAAUCUGCACUGUAAGCAUCCCUUCCUCUUUGACUGAAUUAGGCAGUAGGUUUUCAAAGGCCUUGUAUCCUGUUCUCUUUAACCAACUCUACUUUAUCUACCUCCUCUCCUGUUCAACUUUUCCUCUCCAAUGGGGCUUCCUUUUUUGUGGCAUUUGGAUGCUGUCUUCAUAGUUUAAAAGCAUAAAGAGCAAAACUCUUUCUGAACACCCCCAUCUUGCCUUAUCUACUUUAUGCCCCAGUCAAGAUUAAACUAUAUGAAGACUUGUCCCCCUACAUGCAUUCCACUUAUUCCAUGUACACUUAAGGAUGAAUACUAAAUACCUAAGUGCUCACCACCUCCUGAGUGGUAAAGAAUAGAGUGUUGCUCAGGCGUUUGGUUCCUGCUGUGGUUCUGCUCUGAUUACACUGGCCUGUCUGCUAGAGAUAACCAUUAUUGUAAAUUUACUAUUAGUCAUUCCCUUUUUAGACUUUGAAUUUUAUAUAAAUGGAAUCAAAUGGUAUGAUUCCAUGACCUGUUUCUUUUGCUCAGAAACUUUAAAAUGAAGUCAGCCAGACGAAUUAAGCCAUAUUUCGUUGAUUUUAUUAAUAUUGUAUAAGUAUCUCAAUGUAUCCACUUACCAGAUAGUGGAUAUUUAUUAAAUUUUUAUCUGUACUUGUAUCCAAUAGAUUGUAAAAUAUGUGUGGCAGGUCAGUGAAUAUGGACUUUGAAUCACUGGAUUCUGGUAUCAUAAAGUUUUGAUAUCUUCACAUUAAAAAUUGUAGGUUUAUGAAAUGAAAAUGCCAAAUUUUUAUAAUUUCUAACUUUUUAUCUUUGAAAUUAUCUUACAAUUUAAAUAUUUUAAGUUUGUAAUCUUUGAAUAGCAAAUAAGAUUUUAAAGUUACAAUUUUGGAAAUCAGAAUGUUCAAAGUAGAGUUAAGAUAUGGGAAGGUGUGAUACUUUAGAAGUGAAUAGCAGUUCACUUUCAGAAACAAUCAUGGAUAACAUACAUUGUUUCUCCCACAAAAUGAUUUACAAACACUAUGUAAUUCAUACUACUUACUUAAAAAAAGAAAAGAAUAGAAAAAGCAGUCAUAAUACACAUCCAAACCCAAGCGACUGUUUUUCAUGUGUGCAUCAACCCUUGGAAACAACACUGCCCUGGUUUUGUCCUCAGCCAUGAACAUGAGUCAGAUGCACAGGGAAACACUUCUGGGCACUGCAGCCACCAAAAUCAGCUUUACAUCUUUGAGACUUUAAAAACAAGUAGACUUCUUAAAAAACAGGUUUUCUGAAAGUUGCCGGUGUCAUGGAAUAGGGACAGCACAAAGAUCAAAGUGAAACAAAAGCUGUUUUGAUGAGAGCCCAACAUCAAGAACUUGGUAUUGCUCCCAAUAAAAAGAUGCUUUAGCAAAUUAGCUGUCUGUGUUUUUAAAUUCAGUGUUUUAUCUGUUUCUGAAUUAAGAUUUUUGUUAUCUAAUUGGUACUAAAAAUUACUUUGAGAAACCACUCCACUGGAGUCUUACAUAGUGGUACUACUUAAGCCAUUGACGUCUGUUGAGGCCUUAAUGUCCUAUAAAAUGCAGAGUUGUAAAUGGCAGGUAAUUUUCAAAUAUUAGAGGAGUUUAUAAUUUGAAAUUGACUCAUAGUGGAUUUUUGUUUCAGUGAAAAAAUUCUUAUGGUGAAUAUUCCUAAAAUAAAAGUUUAAUACCUUAUGAGAGUAAACAAAA